AGCGGACCUCUGCACGGAGUGGAACUAAAAAUUAAAAAAAAAAAAUACUAGAAAUAAUCAGUCCGCGGAAAACGUUGAAUUCAAUUUUUUUUCACAGAUGAAAUUUUUAAUUUUAAGUUAAUUUAAAGCAUAUAUAAAAGCCAACUGCAAAAAGUCUACGUCGUGCGGAAAAUCGUAACGAAAAAUUGCCAGCUGCAUUUUUCCUAAAGGAAACAAAAAGUAACAAAAUAAAAUAAAAUUCAUUCGUUCAAGCUACGUCGGAACGGAAACGGAGCGUAACGUUGCGAGCGGAUCUGUGGAUCGGGUUAGGAACGGAGUGAAAUACAUUGAGUGGAGUGUGUAGAUUGGAGCGUAACGUUACGUUACCAAAAAAUAACGACGGGGUCGUAACGCCAACGACUACCACACAUACGAUCGAAAAUUAGAAGUAUGACUUUUUCGCGGAAAAAAGUGCUGACGUUAUGCGUAUGCACGCUGUUGGCACUCAUCAGUUUUCCCGGAUAUGUAGACUGUGCUAACAAAAAGGGAUCACAGGCCACAGUAGCGCCACCACCGGCACCCAUCGAACCCGAAGCUGUAAUCGAAGAGGUCAAUGCCAAGCAAUUGGAGAAAUUAUUGACCGAGAAGGAUUAUGUUGCCGUCUUCUGGUAUGCGCGAAGCUGUAUCACCUGUGACAAAGUAUUAGCAGAACUCGAAAAAAUCGAUGAUGAUACCGAUUCAUUUGGUGUCGACUUCGUAAAGAUUAACGACAAACGACUAGCAAAGCAAUACGGAAUAAAGAAUUUCCCAGCACUCACUUACUUUAGGGAAAAAGAACCAAUUAUCUAUGAUGGCGAUCUCAUGGACGAGGAGGGCGUACUUGAUUUCCUCACUUCUCUCGAGGCCAUGGACCUGCCCGAUCGCAUUGAAGAGGUUAAUUCAAAGAUACUAUUAAAGAUUAUCGAGGAUACUGAUUUUGUAGCUGUUCUAUUCUGUCCCGAUCAUGCCACGUGUCCGCCUAGGGUGAUGGAUAAGCCGCAAUGUCGCAAGUGUGCCAAAGCUUUGCAAGAACUGGAGAAUAUCGACGAUGAAGCAGAUCAGUUGGGCAUUGGUUUUGUCAAGAUUCAUGAUGAGGCAUUGGCCGAGGAAUAUAAUUUGGGCAAUCUUCCAGUAUUGGUUUACUAUCGCCAUCAGACGCCGAUCAUAUAUGAAGGUGAAUUGUCCCGAGAAGAGGAUGUCUUAGAAUGGCUGGUGCAAAAUAAAUCUACCGGUGAUGAAGAUGACGUCAUAGAAGAUGUUACGGCCAAAACGCUGUCCACACUAAUCAGCAAUAUCGAUAAUCUGGUUGUAUUAUUCUAUGAUCAUGGUAAUGAUGAUUCAAUGACCGUAUUGGAAGAGCUAGAACAAAUUGACGACGACUGCGACAAACACGGUAUUCAAUUUGUGAAAAUUGACGAUCCAAAAGCCGCAGCCGAAUAUGGAAUCGAUACGAUUCCGGCAAUAGUAUAUUUCGAAAAACAAAUUCCAAAUAUUUAUGACGGUGAUCUCAUGGCUGAGGAGCAGAUACUCCACUGGCUGGUGGGACAAUUAGAGCAUGACGAAAUCGAGGAUGUUACAGAUGAGAUGCUUGACAAGAUGGUGAAGGAAGGCCGUGUUAUGGCUGUGCUAUUCUAUGAUAACAAUGAUAAGAAAUCACAGAAAGUACUCGAAGAAUUGGAGAAUAUUGACGAUGAAUGUGAUGCAUUGGGUAUAACUUUUGUGAAAAUUGACAAUCCCGAAGAAGCCAUCGAAUACGGCAUAAACAAAGUUCCUAAACUAAUUUACUUUGAAAAAGGCAUUCCAACGAUUUACGAAGGCAAUCUUGAGGACGAAGAGAAAUUGCUGAAAUGGCUCGAGGAGCAAACCACUUCCGAUCAAAUUGAGGAUAUAACUGACGAGAUGUUGGAUUUGAUAAUAGAAAAGAUGCCCUAUGUCGCUGUGCUCUACUACGACAAGGACCAAAAGAAAUCGCAAAAGGUACUAGCCGAACUGGAGAAUAUCGACGAUGAGUGUGAUCAAAAUGAUAUCGCUUUCGUCAAAAUUGAUGACGAUAGUGAAGCGAAGGAGUGGGGUAUCGAUGAAAUACCGUCGAUUGUCUUCUUCGAACGUGGCAUACCGCAUAUUUACGAAGGUGAUUUGAUGAAAGAAGACGAACUCUUGGGUUGGCUCGUACAUCAGAAGCGUCACUCGGAGAUCCCCGAAGUUACCGACGAGAUGAAGGAUAAGUUGGUUGAAAAUACUGAACAUUUGGCCGUGAUUUUUUAUGACAAGGAUGAUAAACAAGAUAUUCGCGUACUCAACGAACUGGAGAAUAUUGACGAUGAACUCGAAAAGGAGGGCAUUGUGAUCGUACGCAUUGACAAUGCCGCCGAAGCUAAAGAAUACGGUUUAGACCAUUUGCCUGCACUCAUUUAUUUCGAGAACAAAAUACCAGCACUCUACGAGGGCGAUCUAAUGAACGAGGACGAAGUAUUGGAAUGGCUGAUUUUGCAGAAGCGUACCGCCACCAUUGAAGAGGUCACCGAUGAAAUACUAGUCGAGUUAAUCAACGACCAUGAAUAUGUAGUGGUAUUCUUCACCGGUCCCUGUGAGCCGGGUGAAAAAUGCGAUAAGACAUUGAAUGCAUUGGAGAGCAUUGACGAUGAACUGGAUGAAGCAGGUAUCAUUUUUGUCACCACCGAGGACACCAACAUCGCCAAGAAGCACAACAUAAAGAGUUAUCCACAAUUGGUAUUCUUCAGAAAUCGUGAUCCAUUAGUUUUUACUGGCGAUUUAGAUGAUGAAGACGAGGUAUUGGCAUGGAUCACAGAUGAAGACACUCUUGAGAUUCCGGGUAAAAUUGAGGAAGUGAACACGAAAAUGUUGGAUAAGAUACUGUCGGAAAAUGAUCACGUGGUGGUAUUCUUUUACCGUGAGGGCGAUAAGCGCGCACAAAAGAUUUUGAAUGAACUGGAGAACAUCGAUGAUGAAUGUGAAGAAAAGGAUAUUGACUUUAUCAAAACUUCGGAUCCUGAUGUUGAUAAAGAAUACGAUCUAGCUAGCUUGCCGGCAUUAGCAUUUUACAGACACAAGUUCCGCACGAUAUAUGAUGGUGAUCUCAUGAAGGAGGAAGAAAUUCUGGAUUGGGUUAUCGACCUCCAUGAAUCCACAGCUGACGUUAUCGAAUCUGUCGAUCGCAAAACUUUGCAAGUUCUGAUUAACGACGUAGAACACUUGGCUGUGUUUUUCUAUGAUGACAAAUGCGAGUCGUGUCCACAAAUCUUGGAGGAAUUAGAGACCAUUGAUGAUGAUACCGACAAGCACGGCAUACAAUUUGUCAAAUCGAAUGACGUGAAGUUGGCGCAUGAAAUAGGAAUUUUUGCAUUCCCAGCUUUGGUCUAUUAUGAAACGGGCGUUCCAAUCAUGUAUGACGGUAAUCUCAAAAAUGAAAAUCGUGUGUUGCAGUGGCUGAUCAAUCAGAAGAGUGAGGAUGAUGAUGAUGAUGAUGGUGAUGAUGAUGAUAAUGACGACGAUGACGACGAUGACGAUGAUGACGAUGAUGAGGAAGAUAUCGACGAUGACGAAAUCAAAAAUCAAAUUAAACGGAGAAUCAAAAAAGGACGAAGGUACUUUGAUAAAGACGAUGACAUUAACGAAGACAAUGACGAUGACGAUGAUGAUGAUGACAAUGAUGACGACGACGACGAGGAUGAAAUAACCAAGUUGGUUUACCCCAAAGCGGAGAAAAGUAAAGAAGAGGAACUAAAACGAUUAAAAAAAAAUAUUAGGACACAACAAAAAAUUGAUGAAGAUGAUGAUGAUGAUGACGAGGAUGUUGAUGACAAAACUGAUAAGAAAUAUAAACUAAUCAAGCGUAGAAUUCCAUACGACGAAAACGAUGAGGAUAAUGAAUCCGGUGAUGACGAUGCCAAUGAUGCUGGGGACGACGAUAAUGACGACGAAGGUGAUGAUGAACCACACAUGCGAGUGCGAUAUAGAAAGCCGGGGUCACGAAGAGUACAAUUUAAAAAAAUAGUUUUUAAAAGUCGUUUAAUAGAGACAGACGACGAUAAUGAUGACCAAGAAGAUGAUGAUAAUAAUGAUGAUGAUGAUGAUGGUGAUGGAGAUGGUGAUGAUGAUAAUGAUGAUGAGAAUGAUGAUGGUUAUGAAGAUGAUGAUGUUAUUGAUGACGAUAAUGAUGAUGAUGAUGACGAAGAUGAGGAUGAUGAUGUUAUUGAUGACGAUAAUGACGAUGAUGACGAUGAUGACGACGAAGAUGAGGAUGAGGAUGAUGAAGUUGAAAGGCAAAAUGUCAAAAAAAGAAAAUACAUCUCAAUGUCACAACGAAAAAACCAGCGCCGUAAAUCGGAGGAUAAUGAUGACUACGAUGAUCGUAGUAAAAAACAAUAUCAGCGCAGCAAACCGAAUAGAAGCAAAACGAAUAAGGACAGAAAUGACGAUGACGAAAACGAAAACGACGACGAGGACGAGGACGAGGACGACGACAAUGAUGAUGAUACGAAAGAUGUUAAAAGUCAUCCAAAAUUGCGCAAGCCAAUAAAACCUCAGAAAAUUCAUCAAGCUACUGAACUUUGCAACAAACGAUUCUUAGAUAAGUUAGAUGACGAAUGUUUCUAUGUUGGAUUGGGUCACGACGGCGGCUCAGCACGGCGUGGUAGUAAUUUCGCACCGAACGCUUACAAACCAUUCCAAUGUUGUCCCACUAAACUGGAAAAGUCAACGAAAGUUCCCAAAAUGACCGCACAACGCAUCGGCCACGGCGACGGCGACGCGGCAAAUAAGCGCGGCGGCAGCUCUGCGGGCAACUUUCAAUUUGGACCGGCCACAGUGAGCGGUGGUGUAGGUGCAACCGGCAAGUCGGCCAAAGCAGCUCAUAAAAAGGAUAAGGAUAGCAAAACCCCAUUCAGGAAAAUUGUGAAGAACGACGCAGGCGGUGAUGACGACGAAGACGAUGAUGAUGAUGACGACGACGAUGAUGCGUCUGCACCAAUGGGAAAAGUCUCCUACACCAGUCCUCGUAAAUCUAGCGGCUCCGCAGCAAAGAAAUCUACUGGUGGCAACAAGCAGGUGGCCAACGAUAAGUCCUAUGACAGUGGAAAAUCGUCGAAAAAGACCAAAGAUGGCGAUAAAUUGAAUGUGAAGACCGGCUUUUAUUAUUUGCAUAAACGACUAAAAAAUCUAUAUGACCUUUUUCAGGAUAUCUCUCUUUGGGAAUAAGGAAGCAAUAUAAUUGAAAAAGCACUAUCUAACCAUAAUAUUAAUAAUUUACACACACAAACAAACACCUACACUGCAUUGUUCAUAUGUACUAAGAUAAUAGAAAAUACCCACUACUAAUUAUACCUUGUGAAGAUUCAUAUCAAAAGAAAUAUGUACAUAUUUACAAUACAUAUUAAAAAAAAAAACUGGAAAAUACUAACAACAACAUACAAUUGCUCUGUUGUGUGCAAAAGCUAUUUGGUCCCGAAUAAUUAAAAAAAAAAAUAGGGUAGAACCCUAUCACAGGGAGUGCAUAACUAAGUAUAGUUCAGUAGCAUUGUAUCAUGCGCUCUUACAAAAUAGCAUCCCAAACAAUUGGACAUUUUUUUUAAUGAAAUUGAUAACAAGAACAACACAAUUUUAACAGUUUGUUGGCUAAAUUAUUUUAAAUACUUCCAUACAUACUUAAAUUGGACCUCAGCGAGGGCAUGAAUACUAAAAUAUAUCGAACAGAGCUAUUCACUAUGCAGAGCCUUUGCUUUCAAACCUCGGAAAUAGUUGUACCGCAUACCCAUUUUAACGUUUUCCGAUAGUGAAUGGCUUAACUAAUGAAAUAUUUAGUGACUAAAUUAGUAGCCACCGUCACCCCAUUUGACAAACUACGAAAAUCAGGAUAAUCCCAUGAACUAAUAAAACAAAACAUCCAUGGAACUAUACACGCCGACAUACAAAUGUGUAGCCCAAUUAGUUGUCCUUGAGAAAUACUGCCAUGGCACACCGCUUACACAAGGUUAUACAUAAGUGUGUGCAUAAGUAUAAUAAAGCAAAAAUUAUAUCUUGAAAAUACAAAAUCCGAAAAUAAGAACAACAUUGGAAACUGAUCAGUUUUACUAGAGACAAAAAAUCCAUUAUCAAAUAUAAUCACCGAUGCGUGAUUUGGAUAUACAGUUGUCGUAAAUGAACAAUAACAACAACAAGAGAAAUAAGAACCCCAAAGAAAAGCAACAACAAAUAUAGCAAAUGUUCCACUACUUUGCAGAGAUUGUUCGUUCGACAGACAACUCAAUCCAAUCCAACUCUUCAGUUCUCAGAAGUAAUUAACUUCAAACAGAAAUUAAUCGCCUUCUAUUUAGAUUUAGUUGCUAUACUGCAUUUGCGCAGAACAGUUGUUAACGUGAAAAAUGUUCAAAUUAAGUAAAGUACUUCUAUCUCAAUUGCAUGGACUUGAUUAAGAAAUAUCUGGUUAUCUCGUUCAUUAGAAAAGUACUUAUGGCAAAUGCAGACGUUUUCUAUUGCUCGGGAGUCAAGGGUCAUGACUCAAGACUGUGCUAUGCGUAAAUCUGUAUUUGUUUUUCGUUAGUUUCCUUUUUGUAGUUGCUUAGUAAAAAAGCUCCAAUUUUUCCGUUCACUUUUUACGCCCCGCUUUUGAUUUACCCCAACUAAAAUGAAUGUAUGUACUAUAUGUCCUCACAUUGAUAGAUAUGUGUAUUCACAUAAGCCACUUCGUUUGCUCUUGCUCUCCAUAGCCGUUCGUCGACUAGCCUUAAAAAUUCAUUAGAAUCAAAGAACGUCAAUAAAAUAAGGACAUGGUCCAACUGCAGGCAAUUUGUACUUGAAAACUCGAUAAAUAAAAAAAAAAAAAAAUGUCAGUUAACUAUUUUAAUUUUUAUACUGUUAUACUAGAGAAUCUUAACUAUUUACAAACUUUUAUUGUUAAAGAAGAAAACAAAAACAAAACUCACUUGAUAAUCUCCAAAGUUGGAAAAUUUAUUUUAUAAUUACAACAAACAAUUUUUGUAACUGUACUUAACACUUUUGAUACUAUACAUUUACACGUUUUAUGCCGUUUUGUGUACACUUUACAAUGUAGGGGACUUGAAAAUUUUAUUGCUAACUUUUUAUUAUUAUUUAUUAUGUAAUAUAUUGUACUUAUGUAUUUAUAAUGCAAAAAUCUGUUAACUAUUUUCGGAGCUGAUAAGAAAGCAUAAGAAGUAAGUGAAGAACAUUGUUAUAAUCGAACCGAAUGCCCUACCGUCUGAAGACAACAACAAUAAUAACUACUUUGCAUGUGUCUAGGCAUAAAUGCAUAUAUAACUAAUAUAUUUAUAUAUGAACAUAAAGCGCUAACUAAACUUAGCGGAUAGCGGGGGCAUGGUUUUCGAUUAAAAAGUUUUUUAUAUUUUGUUGUAGAAAAAAUUUUGUAGUUUGUGUGAAAGAGUGUUGUUGCAAAGCGAAUGUAACACACAAGCACACACACACGCACACAAACCAAUGUAUAUACAUAUGUAUAUAAAUACGUAUACAUAUAUACUAUGCAGGGGAGCCCCUAGGUGGUGCCUCUGGCUGUUUGUAAUUUUAUUUAUUGUUGUGCCGGUAUUUAAAAUACCGUUAAACUCACGCCGGUUGCCUACAUACGCACAUACACACAUAUGCACGUUGGGGGCUAGUUACAUUAGCAUCUCGCUCUGCUAUGUGUGGAUGUGUGUGUGCACGCCUGGAAACGCUGUUAUAAUUUAACGAAGUUGAAGCACUUGUUAUAAAUGCAAUUUUCUAAUUUUAAUUAUAAUAAAGAAUACACACACACAUACACAAUAUUAUGAUUAAAUGAAACAAACUAUCGAAAUGUAAAUGUUUUUCAAAAAUAAAAAACAAAAACUAAGCUUAAGUAACAUUUUACAAAACAGUGUUGAACAAUAGCGACUUUUUGAAAUGUACAACGAUUUAAAAAACUCGGGCACACCGAGUUACGCAUGUAUGUACGCCGUUAAAAAUAAAAGUACCACGGAGCGAUAAAAGCAAAAUAAUUUCAAUUGUCAAAAACAAAUGUUUUA